AUGGGUUCUUCAUGCUCUCAAUGUAACUGUGAAAAAAGAAAUUAUGAAAGAGAUGUACAAUCGUUUCAAAUUGAAGAAUGUAUCACAAUCCCAACAUGCUAAUCCAAUCUAGAUAAAACCUAGAUUGUAAAGCAUAAAAUGGCAACAAUAAUUUAAAAAUAUUGGAGAGGUUACCUAAUUCGACGAACAUUUAAAUAAGAAACAUAUACAUAGCAAUCAUUUACGAAAACAGUAGUGAGCAGUGUUACUAUUGUUAAUGAUAAUUUAGAUCUUAUGCAAAAGCCUCCUUUUAAGUAUGUUAUCUAAUGAUAAGAUUUGUAGGUGGAGCAGUCUAUACAGGAUAAUGGAGAGGCAAUUCUCGAGAUGGUUAUGGGAUUUAAGUCUGGCCUGAUGGAGCUCAGUAUAAAGGAGAAUGGAAAUAAAAUAAAGCUAAUGGAAAUGGUACUUUCAUACAUGCAAAUGGUGAUGUUUAUGAAGGUGAAUGGGAAAACGAUAUGGCUAAUGGUUAUGGAAUAUAUUAACACAUUGAGGGACCAAAAUAUGAAGGAAAUUGGCUUAACGAUAAAUAACAUGGUUUUGGUAUUGAAUGCUGGCCUGAUGGUUCUUUUUAUGAAGGAGAUUAUUACAAUUCUUAUAAGCAGGGAAAAGGAAAAUACGUUUGGAACACAGGACAGAUUUAUACAGGGGAUUGGGUUUAAAAUUAAAUAUCUGGAUAUGGAUGUAUGAUUUGGCCUGAUGGUAGAAAGUAUUAAGGAGAAUUUCAUAAUGGUACAAUGCAUGGACGUGGACUUUAUACUUGGCCAGAUGGACGUAAAUAUUAAGGAUAGUAUUUUAGAGACUAAAAACAUGUAUAAAUAACAUAAAAAUUAUAUAGGGUUAUGGUUUGUAUGAUUGGGGAGAUGGAAGAAAAUUUGAAGGUGAAUGGGAAUUUGGAAAACAACAUGGGAAGGGAUGUAUAAGCUUGA